UCAGCAGAGCCCGGGAUGGAGCGGGUGCCGGGCAGUAGCGGCGGCAGCGCCCCCAGUGGCGCGGAGGAGACCCCGCGGGCGGUCAGCCCCGCCAACUGCUUCAUCUGCUCCGAGUGCGGCAUGACCUUCGACCUGUACAGCCGGCUGGAGUCACACCUGGUGAUCCACCGCCCCCGCAACCGCGUUGACCGUCCCUCCCCGGGCGAGGGGCCCUUCCGGUGCCCGGUCUGCGGCCGGUCUUUCAGCCGCCCGGCCUCCCUUCGGCGCCACGCGGUGACCCACACUGGAGCCAAGCCAUACCGGUGCGGCGUGUGCGACCGUGAGUUCCGGCACAGCUCGUCCCUCGGCAUCCACAGGCUCUUCCACACGGCCGAGUGGAAACGCCGGGAAUACGAGGGGCAGUUGGUGACCAGCAGCCUGUCAGUGAGCCCCGGGGGGAGUGGGGAGUUGGGGCGCUGCAGCCUGGUACGAGUGUGGGGGGCAGCCGAUCCCCCGAAGCGGUUCACCUGCCCCGAGUGUGGCAAGGGCUUUGAGCAGAACUCCCGGCUGAAGCUGCACCAGCGGGUGCACACCGGCGAGCGGCCCCUCACCUGCGCCGACUGCGGCAAGGGCUUCAGCAACUCCUCCAACCUCCGCAAGCACCAGCGCACCCACACCGGGGAGAGACCCUUCCGCUGCCCGGUCUGCGGCAAGGAGUUCAGCCAGUCCUCCACCCUGGUGGCACACCGCCGCACCCACACCGGCGAGAGACCCUUCCGCUGCCCGGUCUGCUCCAUGGACUUCAACAAACAGUGCAAUCUCCGCAAGCACCAGCGCACCCACACCGGGGAGAGACCCUUCCGCUGCCCGGUCUGCGGCAAGGGCUUCAUCGACCCCUCCAGCCUCCGCAACCACAAGGGCACACACAUGGGCGAGAAACCCUACCAGUGCCCGGCCUGCCCCAAGGGCUUCAGCAACCCGUCCAGCCUCCGCAAGCACAGGAGGAUCCACGCCAGCGACACCGAGAGGGCAGCAGACGGGCUUCUGGUCACACAGCGGACAUCAUGAGGAACCUGGAUGGCGAGAAUUCAACAGACAUCUGGUUCAACACAAGUGGUGGCUGAGGGCCUGUUAUCUCAGAGGCUUAUACUUUGGGGACGUGUUCAAAUCCCACUGGAGGCUGUGGUGGAACUUCAAUUCGGGAUGGUGACCAUGCUGACCGUCAUUGGUUUGUGGUAAAUACACCCCCCCACCCCCAACUGGGGUAUCAGUAAUGGGGAAAGGAAAGGCGCCCAUCCUGGACUUGCACGUGACCCCAGUCCCUACGCAGCAAUGGGGCUGAUUUUUAACUGUCCUGUGGAAUGGCCUCGUGUGGGACAGUCGGUUCGAGGGUGAGUUGAGGAUGGGAGUAACAAAUGUGGGCCUCGCCAGCGAUGGCCGUGUGUCACAAACAGCAGUGUUGUUGUGAAAUCCCUUGACUGGUAUCGGUAUGGAGCCGGGCUCUGAAGGUGGGUCACAUCAGACUGACGGCAUUAACUCGGGCUCUGCCCCUGUUUACAGAAGCUGCCAGGACCUGCCAUGUUUACCCCGCACUCUGUCUGUUUUACAGGAUUUCUCCCUGGUGCCCUGAUCCCCUUCCAUGAUGACGAUAACCCAGUCAGCUGCUCAGCUUCCCCGUCCCUCUGUGUCCUUUCCAUCACACACACCAACCCCCAAAAUCAGCAACACACUCUCUGACCAGCCAGUGUACUGAGGGGUUUCCACUUAAACGGUUAGUCACAGGAUCCCUGCAAUGUGUCAGCAGCCCAUUGAGUCCACACCGAACCCCCUGAAGAGCAUCCCACUCUCUCCCUGUAACACUGCAUUUCCCAAUCCACCCUAACCUGCACACCCCUGGGCCCUAUGAGACAAUUUAGCAUGGCCAAUCCACCCUAACCUGCACAUCCCUGGACACUAUGGGACAAUUUAGCAUGGCCAAUUCCACCCUAACCUGCACAGCCCUGGGCACUAUGGGACAAUUUAGCAUGGCCAAUCCACCCUAACCUGCACAGCCCUGGGCAGUAUGGGACAAUUUAGCAUGGCCAAUUAACCCUAACCUGCACAUCCCUGGGCACUACGGGACAAUUUAGCAUGGCCAAUCCACCCUAACCUACACAUUCCUGGGCACUACAGGACAAUUUAGCAUGGAGUAAGUGAGGACUGCGGAUGCUGGAGAUCAGAGGUGAAAAAUGUGUUGCUAGAAAAGUGCAGCAGGUCAGGCAGCAUCCAUGGAGCAGGAGAGUCGACGUUUGCAUGGCCAAUCCAUCCAAUGGGCACACACUAUGGAUGGAAACUGGUGCACCCAGGGGAAACCUACACAGACAAGGGGGAGUGGGGAAUUGGGGGAUGGUGGAGGAGGCGGGAGAAUGUGUAAAGUCCACACAGUGGCCCCAAGGCUGGAAUCGAACCAGCGCCCUGGUGCUUUUGUCCACUUGUGAACCACUUGUUGACCCAUGUCACAAAAGCCAGCCCUGCCCUUUGCCCUGUGACGAGGAGCUGGUGUUAAAAGGGCGGUAUGUUCCCUGCCUGGUUAAUGUCACUGGGUCUCUCUGAUGGAGCUGUGAGCACUGCACAUGGAUUGUUGCAUCUCCUCCCCACCGUCACCUUGUAUAACCCAUGAACACAUUGGGGGUGGGGAACGUAUUGUCAGAAAUUUCCCCACCCACUAAAUGCAUCUUGAAAAGAAAUGGGGGGUAAUCUCUGGCCAAGAACUGUGAGAUUUUGUAGCUGAUAGAUUAAAAUUCACACCAAGUGAUCAUCUGUCUCUGUCCAUGUACUUCCUGUGUUUGAGGAGCUGUUGGGUGAUCUGUUUUGUGUAAACAACAUCCAAGUGUUAUUAAAGACACUCUGUUUAAAAUUGAA